CAGACAGCGAAGCAAACCGGCCCCUCACAUCCUUCAACCGCCGCGGAAACAGGGGGAACUCAAGGAACAUCUCAACUUUUACGCACGGAGACGGACUUUUAUGCACAACGCAAGAGUAUAAUUUGAGGAAGAAACGGACCAAAGUCUUCAGAAGAAACUUUCUUUGGAUGCAGGGGCCGCUCAAGGAUCUUACCUGGCAGCAGCAGGCCUUUAGGCAAUACUAAAUUAACUGAUAUAACGCAGAAAUCUGAACUUGUAGGAAAUUCUACCAGCUUCUCCUCUGAUAGCUCAAAACUUUGGAACAGAUCCGGAUGGAUACGGAUACGAAGAUCGUCAAGUUAGUCCCGUAAUCAAUAGAAUUUAAGAUAUAACUUUAAAGACUGUUUUGUCUAACAAUUACAACUUCAAGAAAAGAGUAUCCAGCCAUGCCCCGUCCUGGAAAGAACUCUUACAGCGACCAGAAGCCCCCAUACUCCUACAUAUCACUGACAGCGAUGGCUAUCCAGAACUCAGCCGACAAGAUGCUGCCUCUGAGUGACAUUUAUAAGUUCAUCAUGGACCGGUUUCCGUAUUAUCGAGAGAACACCCAGAGGUGGCAGAACUCCCUACGACACAACCUCUCGUUUAAUGACUGCUUUAUCAAGAUCCCCCGGCGACCUGACCAGCCAGGAAAAGGCAGCUUCUGGGCUCUGCACCCGGACUGCGGCGACAUGUUUGAGAACGGCAGCUUCCUCAGGAGACGGAAGCGCUUCAAGGUGCUGCGCGCCGAGCAUAUGGCAUGUAAGAGCUCCCCGAUGAUGCAUUACUUUCACCACCACCACCAUCACCCGGGCAGUAAGCUGAGCUCAGCAUCCGGCCACCACGACCACUCCGCCGGCCCGGCAAGCGCCGUGGGUCGACUCCCUCACUUUCAGGGUUAUGGGGGCAUUACUUGUGCACAGCCCGGCGGGUUCAAACACCCAUUCGCCAUCGAGAACAUUAUAGGACGGGACUACAAGGGUGUGAUGGCCAGCGGGCUCCCCCUGACUUCGGUCAUGCACCACCUGGGUUACCCGGUGCCCCCGCAACUUAGCAGCGUGGUCAACUCCAUGUGGCCACACGUCGGAAUGCUGUCGGAGUCAGUGGGUGGCGUGCCCAUGCCUGCAUCAUCUGAAUACGCGCCCUUCAGCGUGUCAGCAAAGGGCCUGUACCACAAUGCCAACGGGCAAACUCUGCCUGCGGUUCCUGUGCCAAUAAAACCCACCCCAUCCCUGGGUCCUGUUCCCGGGUUGACGGGGCUGCAGUCCGGUCCAACUCAGCUCUGCUCACCGGCCUCCGUGAUGGAGAAAAGCGACCUGCUAGAGGGGAAAGGUAACCCUCUACAUCCGGCUCUUCUGCUGUCCUAAUCGGGUAAAUCGCGGGACAUUUUUGAAAAUUACGCAUACAAGAAGGACACUAUUAUUGUUUAAAAUAAGACAGAAUAAGCCUAUCAGAGACAUCAUAUAUUUCAAGUUAAGUGCAGCUGUUGGAGCGUUGUAAAAACCAAGGUUAACAUUGUUCUGUGUAAUGAAUUUUUCAUUAGUCUCAUGUUGAUUGAAAUCAUAAUUUAUUUGCACAAUUUGUGAGGGCAUUUACCACAUACUGUAAUGUGGCAAUGAUAAAUACAAUCAGACAAGUAGAUACGCUAAACCCAAAGAGAGCUUUGAUUUAGGAGACAAACGGUCUGAAAUUCAUUCCAGAUGUAAACCAACAACUCUGUCUUUAUAUUUUUUGCUCUUGCUCUAUUUAUUUUUAUUUUAAUGUAUGCCUUUCGGCUAAAGACAAAUAGGCCUUCAUGCUUUUUAAUUGGGCCUGUUGCACUUUGUUGCGUUACUUUGUUCAUUAAAAUGUUA